AUGUCGGCUUCAUACACACAAAAAGUUAACAUGUUUGCGAAUUAUACGAGAUUGUUAAUACCAGCUGAUUCUUCUAUCUAUCAUCCUGCUUCAUUUGGCAAGGCAUUCCCUCAACAAAGGAGAGUUCACGUAACGUUAGCAAAAACAACAAUUUCAACGCCUUUGCCACAACGCGCUUCAUUUGAUGCUGCCAAGUUACAUCCAGUAUUCUGCAAAUACUCUGACGAAACUCAGAAACAAAAGGUAGAGAAAUCCAAACUGUAG